AUGUCGGACCGCAAGGAGGGCUGCGAAGGCGCGCGGGGGCGGUCCCGAGCCCCGGGGGGCGCGGUCCGCGUGGACCCGCCGCCGCGCCGCCAGCCCUUGGCCGCCAGGGGGCGCUCGCGCCGCGCGGCCGCCAACGCGGGCCCCCGCGCCGGGUCGCCGCCGACUCGCAGACCCCUUCGCGCCCUCGGAGGAAACAAAGUGCACCUUUGUCAGCGCCCCGGCGCGUGUCACAGCCCGGCCCGGGGGCGCGGGACCCGCACCGGCUCCUGCGGGAACGCGGCGCUUCGCCCGCCGCCGCCGCCGCCGCCGGGGCCUGCGGACUUCGCUUUCCCCGCUCUCGGCAAGGCGGGAAACGGGCCAGAGGGAUCCCGGCCUCGGGACGGGGGGCUCCGGCUCGGCGGGGCCGCUGCUCCUCGCAGCCCGGCGCCCCCAGCCUCCCCGGGCCGCGCCCGCCUCCAGUCGGGGUGCGGGUCCCGGGGCAGGUUUCCGACUCCCGCCUCCGAGCGCCGCUCCGGCUGCAGCGCAGCGCGCCCGCGGGACUACAAGUCCCAGCAGGCCCCGCGCCACGAGCGCCGAGGCAGGAGGCGCGGCCCUCCCGGCGCCUGCGCAGUGCGACCACCCGAGCCCGCUAGUACCACACCCCCGGGAGGGACGGAGGGGAGGCAGAAGCAUCCGAGGCAUUAA